AUGCCCCACGCCAACUCAGACACUAUGGGCGAACCAGUCGUCAACGGCGAGAAGGUCCAUUCUCAGUUCAUCAACCACCUGACAUCUUACCCGGUUGUCUCUGACACCAUCACCCUCUUCAAGGGCAACCCAUACGGUGCCAAGUCUCUCGAGUUUGCUGGCGAAGGCUACACCCGCUUUGCCAAACCUGUCCUACCUUACUUCUCGACACCUUACAGCUACAUUGCUCCCUACGUCACUCGUGCCGACUCUCUGGGUGACCAGGGUCUGAGCCAGAUCGAUACUCGCUUCCCUAUCAUUCGCGAAGAGACUCAAAAGAUCCGUGGCAGUAUCUACAACUAUGCUUCCUCCCCGGUGCGCUUUGCAGGUGAUGUGAAGGCCCAUGUCUUCGACACCUACGGUUCAGAGUACAAGAAAGCCGGUGAUAGUGGUCUGGUGAACUCAGGAAAGGCUGCCUUCACCACUAGUCUGCUGUUGUCGCAAGAGUCCUUGGGUUGGGUCUAUGGGCUAGUCCAGAAGACCAAGGAGGAAGUCAAGGAAGCUGUGAACGAGAAGACCAACCAGUGA